ACGCGGCAUAGAGGGACAGACGAUCUGGUCCGAUCCAACCCCAAGAAACCAACCAACCAAACCCGAACAGACGAGCCGCCUUCCCCUUCCUCCUCCUCGGCCCAGCGCGCGGCGGCGGCGGCGGCAUGGCGGCGGGCGGCGACCUGACCGACGACGAGCGCAAAGCGCUGCGGGGGAGCAAGUUCGCGCCCCUCCCGGCGCCACCGCCGUCCUCCCGCCCCAACCCGAGGAUGGCCCAUCCUGGAGGACCACUGACUACAAAUAAGGCUGCUGCUUUAGCGAAAUUCCUCGAGAGAAAACUACAGCAACCUGAUGGCUUGGACUCUCUAAAUCCUGAUCUUGUAAAUUUGGCUGUGAAAAAUGCAAAGGAAACCAUAAAGGCAAGCAAGGGUGAGGCCUCAACUUCUGGGAGAGUAGUACGGCAUGUUCCAUCAUUUGAGGAUUCCUCUGAGGUUUCCAAUCAAGAUGACGGGGAGCAGAGACAGGAAAAGAAGAAAAAGAAAAAGAAAAAGAGAAAAACAAAGGCCGCUAAAGAUAAGCUCCACAAUACAUCAAAGAAGAAAAAGAAGUUAUCGCUAUGACUCUUGAAUGUCCAUGGGACCAUGGAGUUAAAAGAAGGCAGCCGUCCACACUUUUGCACUUCUUAGAUCUCUUGGUUUCAUCUGAACCUCAAUCAGCACUGUAAAGUGUAAACCUAGCAGUGGCAUCAGGCAUCAAGGUGACCCGUCACAGUGAACAAAAGAACAUUUAUGAACCCCAGAGUGCAAAACUGAAUGUAGUUGGUUCUGGUCUAACGGUCCCUAUACCAUCAGAAUUGCUUGGAAAGUUUUAUGUAUUCUGCACUUUA